GAGAGUGCAUCGUGAGGCGCGUGCCCGAUUUCUUUCUUUCCCCCACGCGCGUGCAUGCAGCUAGGGCGCGCACUUGACGAUGACGCGUGUAGAAAAAACGGACCCGCUCAUCUACAGGUGUCUGUCUUUCACCACAUGAGAGGGAGUAAACACACCCAAAGGCUACCGAAAACACUCCGGACAGAUGUUUCGGCUAGUGGUGAGAUGAAGAUUGAUGGACGCAGAUCUAAAUAGCUGUUGGAGGAAGUGGAUGCGAUGUUUCCUGAAGGCAACGUCUGGUCCACCUUCAUAUUCCUUCUACUCCUGCCCACCGGAGCGCCCGCAGAGAAAAUAUGCUCUGUGCUCUCGAACCACGAAGUCCACAUGGGCUCCAGCUUCCACAUCUACUGCAUCUUCAAGAAGGAGUGCAACCGGCUGAUCUACCGAGACGAGGUGUCCUUUAAUCACAGCAGCCUGAACUCGACUGCGGUGAUCAUGAGCGUCGUGAAUCUAACACGGACCACCACCUUCACGUGCAAAUGUCAAAACGAGCCGGAACCCUGCGGCACCGACAUCAUUCCAGGGUACCCACCUGCAGUUCCACAGAACCUCACAUGCAUUCAGGAAGGAGAAUUUGGCAGCGUAAACUGCACAUGGAAAACAGGAUGGGAAACGCACGUCAAGACCACAUCACAUCUGUGGGUACAAGGGGCCCCUCCUGUAAGUUAUGAAAGUGUUGUGGUCCAUGAUGGGACUCGUUCAGCCUUAUUUGCUGUCUCAGGCACACAAAGCAACUUCUCAGUCUGGAUCCAUACCAGUAACAGCCUUGGUUCUACAAACUCCACUGUGCUCAACUUCACGCUUAAUGAGAUAGUGAAACCACUGAGCCCCAAUAUCUGGAAAGUGGAAUGCUCUUCAAGACAAUGCCAGCUCUAUCCGGACAACAAAUGGAGCAUUCAGCUGGUAGAGAUCCGAUAUGGAGUCAAACCGGGCAGCUGGAACACCGUCUCAUACAACAACACCAAUCUGACGACAAGCUGGACUGUACACUCACUGAAUCCAUAUAACCUGUACACGUUUGAGGUCAGAUGGAAACCUGGACUCAGAAGAGGUCUGUGGAGCGAGUGGACGCGGAUAAAACACUUGACGGAUGAAGAAGCUCCUGUGGCGAUGCUGGAUGCGUGGUAUUUUGAAGAGCCUACGCAAACAGACAACAAGUCCUUCAAGUUAUUUUGGAGGGAGCUGAACAACUCCGAAGCCAGAGGAAAGAUAAUGCAGUAUAUUGUGACUGUGACUGAACGUCAAAUCAGCAACAAGACCGCUGAUAUAAACAAAACCAAAGUGUCCUGUUUUCACUGCAAUGUGUCCAUUUCUGCAAUGAACUCCAAAGGCCUGUCUCCUGCUCGAAUCAUUGAGCUGCAGUCUAUAACUCCUCUUCCGUACAACGCGUCACACGCUCUCGUGAAUAAUCACACCGUCGCCCUCUCCUGGCCGAGGCCGGGCAGUGCAGAGCCGGUGAAAGAGUUCUUGGUAGAGUGGUUUCCAGAGGGACGGAAAAAGCAGCUUCAGUGGAUCAGAGUGGAAUGUCAUCUCAACACGGCACAUAUUACUGGUUUGCAGCCUGCAGAGUGCUACGAAGGUGCAGUGGUCUAUCUGCGCUCAUCCGGGACAAGAAAAGCCAUCUUCAACCGGAUCUCUACCUGGCAGACAGCUCCACAACAGAGUCCUUUUCCGGAGUCCAUCGAGCCGAAGAGUGAAAGCGUGAAGGUGAAGUGGAGCGAGAUCCCACCAGACAAGAGAGGAGGCUGUCUGCAAAACUACACCAUCUACCUGAAGGAUUCAGCGGGCAAAAUUCUGAAUUACAAUGUCCCAUACCCUCAGAGAGAGUUUACCAUCAGAGGCCUGAAACCAGGACAGAAAUACAAACUGAGUAUCUCAGCCUGGACCACAGCAGGAGAGAGUCCUGUAGAAAACGAGCGCCCCUUCAAACUGAAAAACUCCAGCGAGACAUUAGAGGAGAUCCCCCUGGCUUUUGUCAUCUCAAUGGCAGGUGCUGUUUUCAUCACUUGCCUGUGCCUCCUGUGCUUAUGUCAGUUUUCUUCGGUACAAAGAAGAUUCGCAGGAUGUUGCCACUGCCUCAUGCCCAGCAUCGUCCCGGAUCCUGCAAACAGCAAAUGGGCAAAAGAGUGCGCAAGUGAGAAGGGUGAGAUGCAACUUCAUCUGCACCUCAGCGACUCUAGCAUGAGCGAAGAGGAGCCGAAUACGGUGGAGGUGGAGGAAUUUCCCCAGGAGAAACUACCCGAAGACGAGACGAUCUCCGCUGAGGAAACACUACACCCGGUCCACCUGCCGGCCGAAUCAGCACCGUAUCAACCCAGCAUCACCAGCUCUUACCUCAAAAGCUUCUCCAACGACUCAAGCAGCUCAGACGCCACCCAGGCCUCCAGGAGCACGGACAUUACCGUGGACUACAUUUCUACACACGGAGUGAUCAGCGGAGGAGAGGAGGACGAGGAGGAGGAUGUCGACGGCGACGAGGAACACAAAGCCUUUCCCUUCUUCCCCUGCCCCAAGAGCCCCUUCCUGGAGCCGCUUUUAAUCAACGGAGGAAAAUUGACUCUUGACUCAGUGAAAAUAGACUGCAGCGAUUUCUUAGAAUAUGGAUGAACCUCUGCCGUGCGCAGAGCCGUGUUAAUGAUUGUAACGAUAAUUCUUGUAUAGAUUUGUCAUCCUCUUCAUUUUUGUUUCAAAGCAAAUUGUCCUUUCGAAGAAAUUAACACUAACACCUGAUCAGUACACCGAUCAGCCAUAACAUUAUGACCGCUGAGAGGUGAAGUGAGUAACAGUUCAUCAUGGCACCUGUUAGUGGGUGGGAUAUAUUAGGCAACAUGUGAACAUUUUGUCCUCAAAGUUGAUGUGUUAGAAGCAGGAAAAAUGGACAAGCGUAAGGAUUUGAGCGAGUUUGACGAAGGGACAAAUUGUGAUGGCUAGACCACUGGAUCAGAGCAUCUCCAAAACUGCAGCUAGUGGGGUGUUCCCGGUCUGCAGUGGUCAGUAUCUAUCAAAAGUGGUCCAAGGAAGGAACAGUGGUGAACCGACGACAGGGUCAUGGAUGGCCAAGGCUCAUUGAUGCACGUGGGGAGUGAAGUCUGGCCCAUGUGGUACGUACUAUCCAUGGAGGCCCCAUCUUGCAAGAUGCUUUAAUAUCAGUUUACUUCAGUGUAAAUACUUUUUUUUUCUUUAUUUAUUAAACAUUGUAGAUUUAUACCCCGA